UGCCACAUCCGGACGCCACGCACGCAGAUCUCAGGUUAAUUGCACCUCGAGAUUGAGGGCCACGACUUAACAGAGUUCUCCUAUCCAAGGGUACAAUAUAUUCCUCCGCCUCGCCACGAGCUUGCUGCUGUCGACGUUGCCGGUGGCUUCCAUCAUUGCAGCGCAACCAACCUGCGGCUUCCGGGCCCGACCUGAUCCAGUGUUAAGGCGCGAUUUGACCAAAGCGGAAGGGCCCGGCAACGGGAUGCCGCAGCAAUGACCGACUCCCCGUUCUCGACCCCGAAGAGGAAACGCUGCGAUAUGCUCAACGAUGCCACACCCAAGCUAAACACUUCGGUGCGCUUCACCUUUGACGUCAAUCCGUCUUCAGAAGACGGCAAUGCGAGCCCACGCACUCGAGUCGCACGUAGGUUCCGGGGCCUGGCGUUGGAUGGUGGGGGCGGGGACGAUGGACGUUCAGCCGAACCGAGCAUGGUGGACAGCGAUGUCGAGGAUGGGGCUCGGAAACGGGUGAAACUCCCCGAUAUCGAGAUGCACGACGCUGAGAGCCUCCCUGCCGCCGAGGUUGUCGCCCCAGCCGCAGAGCCAACAUCACAGCCACAAAGACAGCCGCCAUAUACUUUCAAGAACGACGCAAGCCCAAGCAGGCCACGCUUCGUAGCCCUCGACGAUGCCGUGGUUGAGCAGUCAGAGACAAUAGCCAACACAAGUCCCGACGAGGACGAAAACACAGGCACAAGCACGAGCACCCCCGUUCCCGACAGUCCACCACCGUCAGUCACCCACCUUCCGUUCCCGCCUCUCUCGCCACAAGCCCGCAGUCGCCCGCGCCGACGAGCAGGCACCCCGCCCUUUCCCUACGCUGUGACCGUCACCAACUCCAAUUCCAACACCGACCCCAUCCCGAAACCGAAGUCAAACGCCAAGCGGAAACCCAAACGCAAAACCAGACCCCCAACCACCACACCCUCGAAACCGACCAUCACCGACCCGCUCCGCGCCUCGCUGACCUGGCACGACGACGAGAUCACGGUCUACGACCCGGACGACUCGGACGACGACGGCACGGGCAUCAACGGCAUCGGCUUCAAGCCGACGCCGGCGAUCGCGCACGCGCGCGCGCUGCGCCGCCGCCAGCAGCUGGCCGAGUACCGGAAGCGGGAGGAGCGGGAGGCGCGGGCCAAGAGGAGUCUGCGGCGCAGGGGGAGGGAGGGUAGUAGUGGUGGUGGUGGGAGUGGGGGUAGUCCAGCGCCGCCAGCAGCGGCGGAAACAGCGGCGGAUGCUGUUGCGGGUGGGUGGGCCGGGAAGAAGGGGAAGAGGGAGAGGAGACGGGUGAGGUUUGUCGAGAGGGAGGUGGCGAGAGAGAGGGAGGGAGCUGGGGACUUGACUGAAAGCUGAUGCCUCGCUGGUUGACGGAUUGAUAACGCUUGCUUGGGCGGAUUAGCAUAUUUG